AUGGAUAGAUCCGUCAAAGGCAAAACCGCAAUUGUAACCGGCUCUGGUUCCGACCUUGCAUUGCGGCCAGAGGCACAAGAGCUGGUCGAUAAAUACUCUUCCUCGACGCCUCGAGCUGUCUUCCAGAAGACGGACGUGACAGACUGGGCACAGCUUGAAAGGAUGUUCGAAGUUGCAGAAGCCGAGUUUGGAGGCGUAGACGUGGUCUGUCCUGGGGCCGGAGUUUUCGAACCAGCCUUCUCUGGUUUCUGGAACCCGCCUGGUUCAGCCGAAAGCCGAGAUCGAGUGUCUGGCUCGCGAUAUGCACAGGUUGAUAUCAACAUCGUCCAUCCAAUUCGCACCACUCAACUUGCUGUAGCUCGCUUUGCAAACGCCACAACUCCGAAAUCGAUAGUUCACACCUCUAGCAUAGCGGGCCAGGUGGCUACAUUUAGCGGUCCAAUCUAUGCGGCAUCAAAGCAUGCAAUCAACGGGUUUGUUCGAUCACUAUCAAAAUUAGACAAGAUCGGAAUACGUGUCACUGCCGUGGCCCCCGGUCUGAUCAAAACGCCGCUCUGGACCGACAAUCCAGAUAAGCUGCGGAUGGUCGAUGAGGAGAACAGCGAAUGGGUUACACCUGAGCAGGUUGCCACCGUGAUGCUUGCCCUGGUUCAGCAGAACGAGAUCAGCGAGUCGAGUCUAGGAAUCCCGACCGACGGCGACGCCGUGAUCAAAAUCAAGGGCGGAACCAUCCUCGAAGUGUCCAAGUCGGUGCGAAGGGUAGCCAUGUUCAACGACGAAGGGCCGCUGGGAAGGCCGGGGAACACUGUAGGCGACUUGAGCGAGGUAGACGAUGGCCUGCUGGCAUCGGUGCAGUCGGGAAGCUGGGGCAAACCCUCGCCCAAGAUCCCUUUGCCUCCUAUAUCUCCUCUAGAUGCGUAUAUCAAAAACCCCCAUACUGCACUCGAGACGGCUCUACCGAGCGACAUAUACGCAGCCAUGGACGAUGAUACCGGGGCUGGCGGUGCUGCUGCCGCUGCAGGAAGUGGUCGAAGUCGCAGGCGACAGUGGCCUGGCAAAAAGGACGUUGGAGUGGUCGGACAGGCAGGAUGGACAAGCAGUGUUAUCAACCUGGUCAACACCAUUGUUGGUGCAGGAGCUCUGGCGAUGCCACACGCAAUCUCGCGCAUGGGAAUGUUUCUGGGUGUGACGGUUGUUCUAUGGGCUGGCCUGACGUCGGCAUUCGGCCUAUACUUGCAGACGAGAUGUGCACGAUAUCUGGAGAGAGGCUCGUCUUCGUUUUUUGCCCUCUCUCAAAUCACAUAUCCGAAUGCGGCAGUGAUAUUCGAUGCAGCAAUUUCGAUUAAAUGUUUCGGUGUCGGUGUCAGCUAUCUAAUCAUUAUUGGAGAUUUGAUGCCUGGAGUCAUCGAAGGUAUUGUCGCAUUGAUCUCGAUCGGAUACCUUGUCAUCCUGGUGGUUGCCCAUUUUAUCAAGGGAGAUACCAUGGCGGACCGUGGCCCUAUCCGCAUAAUUGAAUGGCAGGGCCUAAUCUCCGCCUUGAGUGUAUUCCCGGUGAUCGUCUUUGCAUAUACUUGCCAUCAAAAUAUGUUCUCGAUCCUCAACGAAAUUGCCAAUGACAGCCACUAUAGAACGACGAGCGUUAUCGUAGCAAGCAUCGGCAGCGCCGCAGCAACCUAUGUCCUAGUCGGCGUCACUGGCUACCUGUCAUUUGGCGAUACUAUUGGUGGAAACAUUGUCGGCAUGUAUGCGCCGUCGCUGACGUCUACAAUUGCGCGAGCCGCCAUCGUCAUCCUCGUUGUGUUCUCCUAUCCUCUGCAAAUACAUCCAUGCAGAGCAUCCCUAGAUGCCGUCCUAAAAUGGCGACCAAACAGGAAACCGACUCUUGCUGGAAGCAAUUCUCCGAAUCGCAACCCACUACUACCACGAAACAAUGCUCCAAGCGAUGGCAUGAGUGAUAUGCGUUUCGCGAUUAUCACAACUGUGAUCAUUGUUCUGAGUUACAUUGUUGCCAUGACCGUCUCAUCACUCGAAGCAGUGCUGGCAUAUGUUGGCGCUACCGGAAGCACAAGCAUUAGUUUCAUUCUCCCAGGAUUGUUCUACUACAAGAUUUCAUCUCCUGAAUCUGCGGCGCACCAACGCCUAAUGAAAGAAGACGAUGAACUGGCAGCAGAUGAAAUAGCUGACGAAGUAGAUUCGGUUUCUAGCAACGCGGCUGCCGGACAAAGCCUUCUUGGACGGUCCUAUUCUACCUUCAUGUCGCGAUCUACAAAACAAUGGCGUCGAGGUCUUCUCCGAAAACUAAGUUUGGCGCUUGCUGUCUACGGAGUUGUGGUCAUGGUCGUGUGCCUAGUCACAAACACAUUCUUCCUGGCAUCAGACGUUAAAGGAUAG